AUGCGGCACCUGCUCCUGGUAGCCCUUCCAUUGGGAACAGCCAUGCUCUUCGGUCCAUCGUUGUUCUGUUUCAGCAUCGUCGGCCCAGAGCAGGUGGAUCUCCUCUCAAGCCAGUUCAUAGAGGGAAUUGGAGUCUUUGGAUGUGACGACCACAUGCUUUUCAGCAGUCUACCAGCGGAGGAGCUGUUUAAGGAUAGCAUCAGAACGAACCCUACGUGGCCUACAAAUGGUCCUAGAGUGCAGGUGCUAUCUUAUUCGCCAGAGGGGCUCGGCUUGCCGGCAGUCCGUGAGGCUUGGCAGCAAGUUACCCAGAAUGGUCGCUACAAAAGGUUCGACUGGACCCUGAAGAUGGACACGGCAACUGCCUUUCAUCCAGAUCGCUUGCGGGACAUUCUAUCUCUUCACUGUUCUGCAGCUGAUUGUGGCCCUAUGGUGCUGCAAAAUGGGGCGGUGAUCCCAGGCGCUGCGCAGGCGUUGACGAAAGCCGCUGUUGAUAAGCUGGCAAAGAACCAGCUCGCCUCUUGCAGCAAGGAUGUGGCGGAGGUCAAGUGCCUUCAGCAAACCCUACAGCAGGGUGGGGUCCAGCUUGUCAAGGAGCAGAACCUCAUCAAAGACUUCAGCGCCUCGAAUUCGAUGCGGCUUUGCACAUUGAGUCAAGGUUCCUUCUUUCCGUUUCUGGCCUGGGCUGACUACAUGAACUGCAUGGGUCAGGCGGGCUACUCUGCCCAACCGGAUGCGCCGUCAAAUCCAGCGCAGAUCUCAUGGACGCGAGACGUGCUGCAGACAGGUUAUUUCGUCAGGCCGACUAUGUUUUGUUGGGUGCUCGUGCAGCACAAGGGCGAGGAGCCAAAGAUGCUCAAAUGGCAGCGCGAGCGAGAUCUGGGCAUUUUCGCGUGUGAUGGCUGGAUGGUCAUAAGCAACGCAUCCGCCAGAGAGGUUUUGCCAGCUGAGGCUUGGCACACGGACAUCAGCGUCAUCCAGGGUGACACUGCGGGCGGGAGGACUUUCCACACCGCGCAUGGAAAAGUGAUCAGCGAGCCGGCUGAUGCAGGAGUUUACGCGAAGGCAUGGCAAGCCGUCUUCAGAGAGGGUACAUUCCGCUCCUUUGAUUGGGUCCUGAAGCUGGAUGUCAGCGUCGUUGUAAUUCCUGAACGCCUUCGGAGCGCUUUGAACUCCCUGUGCCAACCUUCGGACUGUGGCUCACAAAUCGUUCACAACUUUGGUGGGGAACUGCUGGGCCCGGUGGAGGCCCUGAGCACAAAGGCGGCUUCGGCAAUGGCUGCAGGCAUUCACACCUGCACAAGCACAGCACAGUGGGAGAACCAACCUGAAAAUCGGUGGCUGGCUUCCUGCACCAGUACUCUAGGCAUUGGAAGUCUGCGAUCUUCUCUGGUCCUGUCAGACCACAAGGCUCUGCCUCGCCCUUGUGACACAUUGCAUGGAAGCUUCAGUCCCUACAUGGACCUUGGCUACCAUGCGCUGUGUCUCAAACAGUCGGGCUACUAUUACAUUGAGCCUCCGCCAACCACCACUCUCACCACAACGAAGACCAGUACUUCAUCGACCUCUACCUCCGUCACAUUCACAACUUCCACUGUCUCCACGUCCACAAUGACCUACACAGUUCCCAAAGUUGCGCCAAACAGCAUCUUUGCAUGGGAAGAUCGAUCCUUCCAGAAAAAGCUUCCAGUGUGGGUUCUCACCGCCGAGAAUGAACAGCGCGGAAUCCCCUUCGCGAUGGAGCUUGGAGUUGGCUUGCUGACGCUGAUUGCCUUGCCUGUGGCAGGUUAUUUCCUGUGCCGCCGACCAGCUGCGCCUACAGCGGUGGACGAGCCGCAGGACACUGCUCAGGCCCUGUUAAGAGCUGCUGGAGCACCAUGA